AUGGGGUACUACCUGGCUGACGGCAUCUAUCCGCAAUGGCCCGUGUUUCUGAAGACGAUCAGAUGCCCACUCGGAGAUAGAAGAAGGUAUUUUGCGCGAGCGCAAGAGUCUGCGCGCAAGGAUGUGGAGAGGGCAUUUGGGGUGCUCCAAUCGCGAUUUGCACUGGUAAAGGGCCCGACGCGCUUUUUCUACCAGGGGGAUAUUGCCGAUAUCAUGUAUGCGUGCAUCAUCAUGCAUAACAUGAUCAUCGAUGAUGAAUACGAAGGCGUCCUCGACGUCACCAACGACCCAAGUGUUGCAUCAUCGAGUCACGGUGACUCAACCGAGUCCGCCCGCCAGGGUGUACCGCACAACGAACAUGAACGGUUCCAGGCGUUCAUGGACAUACACCAGAAGGAGGCCCAUCAAGCACUACAACACGAUAUCAUCGAAGAAUUGUGGCCCCCAACUAUCAACGAUGCAACUGCUUUUGAUAAAGCCAAACAAUCCCACGACUAA